CUAAGCUAAGCUAAGCUAGCGAUAACAGCUGCGUGUUCGGUCGUCCUGAAGCCACUCUAUGUUAUCAUUAUUAGGUGAAUAAAGGCGUAAAGCUCGUCAUUGUGGAUGUAAUCAGGGAAUUACACGAACAACAACAACAGAAACGAGUUCAGGAAGCAGAGGAGACAUGAUGGAGGUGGUGGAACAUGCGUGCUAUAAAUGUGGCCAGAACUUCUCGGAUAACGCCACAGUCGUCUCUCACUGUUGUCCAGAGCUGCGUCCAGCUCCGUCCCAUAAAGUCCAGCUGGACAGCUUCAGAUGUUCCCAGUGCAUUCAGAGUUUUUCUAAACCAGCAGCUCUAAAAAAACACUUUAAAACCAACCACAGGGUGCAGGACACUCAAGGUCCGUUCCCCUGCUGUGAGCAAGGCUGCCAGUUCAGCAGUGCUGACCGUCAGGAGAACCAGAGCCACCUGAUGUCCGUGCACGGCCUGAACCUGAUCGCCUGCACCAGCCGCUCCUGUAAAAUGUCAUUCCUCACACAGGAAGAGAUGGAAAGCCACCGGAGGAGCCACAUGCCGUUCGGCUGCUUUCACUGCCAGGUCGUCUCUCAGAAUGUAAAAGACUUCAGGACUCACAUGUUGAAGCACAAACAUCUGGAAAACCUCCGUCCAGGGAGCCAGGCUGAGUCACCAGCAGGGAGACAACCAGGAACAGCUGUGGAAGAAGGCAGCUCUACGCCUUCAGGUGCAUUACCAGCACCAUCUGCAGCGUUUCUUUCUGAUGGAUCCGAGGAUAUUUAUCGCACCCACGUCUGUCCCAAAUGCCGGCGCUGCUUCAAGAUGCGCUCUCACCUCCAGGAGCACCUGCGGUUACACUUCCCUGACCCCAGUCUCCAGUGUCCGACCUGCGGACGUUUCUUCACCAGCAAGAGCAAGCUACGUGUUCACCGCCUCCGAGAGGCCGGGGAGAAGCUCCACCGCUGCAGCUGCUGCGAUUAUUCUGCAGUGGAGAGAAACGCGGUGCGCCGCCACGUCGCCAGCGUGCAUCCGGAGGAGGCAGAGGAGCUUGUGAGCAGACUGAGCUUCCUCUGUCCCACCUGCAGCCUAAGCUUCCACCACAGCAGGGCCCUGAAGGCUCACAUGAAGACACACAUCCUGUCAGACGGGGCGUCAAUGGCCUGUUUCCAGAAGGGCUGUUCCUUCCAGAGUUCCCAGUGCAAAGACCUCAUUAGACAUGCCGCUGAGGAACACGGGGUCAAAGCUGCAGAGUGUCGUCAUCAUGCCUGCAGCGCGGUCUUUAAAUGCGAAGCAGACAUGGAGGAUCAUUACCGGACCCACCUGGCCUAUCACUGCUCAGAGUGCGACUUCUCCUGCUCCAAUAAGUCCGUCUUCCUCCAGCACCGACGACUCGGCCACACCGGCAAACAAAAGCUCUGCUGUGAUUUUUGCUCCUUCGUGACCUUUAACUCCGUGGAGUUCGAGCACCACGUUGGACGUUUGCACGCCAACGAGAAGAUCCACCGCUGCUCUCAGUGCAGCUACGUCACCUCACAUAAACGCGGUCUGAAGCGACACGUCCUGAUGCACAGCGGUGAGAAGCCCCACAAGUGCAGCCUGUGUGAGUUCAGGUGCAGAGACGAGUCCUACCUGUCCAAACACAUGCUCAUUCACGCUGACGACAAGAACUUUAUGUGUGCUGAAUGUGGAUACGUCACCAAGUGGAAGCAUUAUCUCGCCGUCCAUAUGAGGAAACACGCUGGAGACCUCAGAUAUUCGUGUGAUCAGUGCUCCUACCGAUGUCACCGAAUGGACCAACUGAAGAGCCACAAAUUACGGCAUCAAGCUAAAACACUCAUGUGUGAGAUCUGCGCUUAUGCCUGCAAGCGCAAGUAUGAGCUCCGCAACCACAUGUUGACCAAGCAUUCUGGAGAGGAGAAGAAGUUGGCUGCAUAUAAGUGCAAAUAUUGCUCAUAUACCACCUGCUACCGGCAGGCGCUUCAAAACCACGAGAACUGCAAACAUACCAAGCUAAAGGAGUUUCACUGUGCCCUCUGCGUCUAUUCGUCCUACAGCAGCAUAAGCCUCUUCCUGCACAAGAGGAAAGCCCAUGGCUACAUACCUGGAGAUACAACAUGGCUGGAGAACUAUGCAGCAAAGGAAAAGGAGAGGAACUCAGCAGAGUUCAUGGAGGACUUUUACAGUAAAUCAUCAGUAGGUCAUGAGCAGUCUGAACAACCUGCUUCUGCUACGCAGCAGAACCAAUCAGGAAACAAUCCCUGCACAGAAAGCUAUGCCGCUUCACAAGCUAAUCAUUCGGUUUUUGACUUUGUGUCCCAAGAAGUUGGUCAUGAAGCGGUUUCAGAAAGAUCUGUAAGCAGUCCGGAGCAGUACUGUACUCUGGUGUUGACCACACUUACAACCGCCGAGGACCAAAACGCAGCUUUACACAAUGAAGAAGAAAACUGCAAAAUCACACCACCUUUAAAAUUCACUGCGCCUGACUCAUCACAAGAGACCUUUGACCCGUCUACACCUACAAGCUCAUUGGAGGAAGAAAACGUAGAAAUGCAAGAGGGACCUUGUGAUCAAAGUGACAUAGAAGAUGCAAGAGAGCCUCAGACCAACCCAAGUCAAUCUGUUGAGUCUGUGGACGAUCCUAACCAAGCACCUGAGGGCGAAAAUAACGUUGCAACAAUCGGUUCUGGUUUUCCAACCCAGGAAAACCACCUGUCAGACUCUGAGGUCCGACUGAAAGCUUUAAGGAAACACGACAAGACCCAAGCUGAGGCCAUGGUCUUGGAGGGACGGGUCCAGAUGCUUGCUGUGCCAUCUGAAGAUGUUUAUCGGUGUGAGAAAUGCUCAUACGUAACCAGCAAGGAAACAGCUUUGGAAAACCACCGCAGAGCUCUGUGCCAAAGCAGGAUAAAGGGACAUGAGUGCCAGUCCUGUGGGGAGCAGUUUAAACAGAGGCGUGGGCUCGAUUACCACCUUAGAAAGAAGCACUCCACACUUCUACUCCACACAAAGACGUUUGUUGGUAUUUCAAAUGUGCUUCUAACUUCAGCAGAAAAUUCUGCUGCAGCUCAAGGAGAAUCCAGACAAGUCCAAACGGGAACAAGUUCAGAUCAGAUGGAACUUCGGUCCUCCGCAGAAAGAAUGUCCACAGAAAUGAAACGUCAACAGCAAGAAGGGUACACCUCCCAUACCACCACUGUAUCAGAACGUCGGGCAAGUGAAAUCCAGGCAAAUAGGUUUAUGGACAUCAAAAUUCAGAAGAAAAUCUUAACUAAAAGACCUAAAUUAUCACAGAGCAAAACCCUUUAUGUCAAAAACGACGGUAAAUUUAAAUGUAUGGUGUGCAGCUUUUCUUCAGCCAAGCUGCCAGUGGUUAAAAAGCACCUGCUGACCUGCAGAGAGACUUUUGGUCACAUAAUUUCUGAAACGGUCAAUGAAGGGAGUCAAAAAGUCAAAAGCUUUGAGGAUCAUGCAGAUAAGCUUGACGAGGGUCCCUCAGGAGAACAUCAACUGUCUGGAUGUCCAAACUAUGCUUAUAAUCAGAAAAGAGCUGUAGACAAUCAUGAAAAGAAAGGUUGCAUGAAGCCAGAUGAACUCCAAUGUCCCAUGUGCUGUUUUUCAGUCAAAUCCAAACGUUCUUUAUCCCGUCACAUACUUUCUGAUCACAAGGAAGAAAAGCUUCAGGAUCCAGGACAAAAACGCUUGCAUUGCCAGCAGUGCACCUUCAGCUGCAAACAGCAACGCCGCAUGGAGCAGCAUACUUCACGUAAACACAAGGAAGCUCAACUGCAUCGUUGCAGCUAUUGUUCCUUCAGCACCUCAAGGCGCUAUCGCUUGGAGGAGCAUGAGUCUCUGCACACAGGGGUUGGCCGUCACAGCUGCGACGCAUGCGACAAAACCUUUGGUGCAGUUACCAAACUUCGUCAGCAUAAAAUACGCAUCCACGACAAACAGCCCACGCACUUCUGCCCACUGUGCGACUUCGCCGGCUACGCUCCUGACGAUAUCAGACGCCAUAACCGCAGAUGUCACUCAGGGGAGUUGCAGCAUGUUUGCAGUCACUGUGGCGCUCGGUUUAGUUCAGAGAUUGCUUUGAGGAACCACUGUAAACGGGUCCACCUGCUUCAGUUCUGUUUUUCAUGCAAGAAAUGUGACUUUACAUGUAACAGCGAAGUGACACUGAAGCACCACCAGCAGAGCAGACAUCCUGAAGUGAAAUGCGCCACCUGCCAGGAGGUGUUUCAGACUAAAGAAAGGCUUGACAUUCAUCAGAGGUCUCACCUGGCACACCCAUGUCAGCUCUGUCCCUUCGCAGCCAAAACAAGGCAGUUGUUAGCUCAACACCUUCUGAACGAACAUGAGGGGGGGUCUUCAGAGGACAAGCCGCUCAGGUGCAGCACAUGCGAAUUUGCUUGUCGGCAUCAGCUGGUGUUUGAGCAGCACCUCCGUUCUCAUGGGAGCAAGCGGAUGUACAAAUGCACAGACUGUAUGUAUGCAACCCGAAACAAGCAGAAGAUCACGUGGCACAUUCGCAUUCACACUGGGGAGAGGCCGUACAGCUGUGAGCAGUGCAGUUACACCUGCUCAGAUCCAUCCAGGCUGAAGCUGCAUAUGAGGGUUCACCAAGAAGAGAAGAAGUACCUUUGUCCAGACUGCGGCUACAAAUGCAAAUGGGCGACUCAGCUGAAAUACCACAUGACCAAACACACAGGGGAAAAGCCAUAUGCCUGUGAUGAAUGUGAGUACCGCACCAACAGAGCGGACGCCCUGCGCGCCCACCGGGACACGCAGCAUUGCGACGCCCGUCCUUACGUCUGCGAGAAGUGUGGCAAAGCCUUCAAAACCAGCUUCAUCCUGAAAACCCACCAGAAGAAGCACACGGACGAUCGGGCGUACACGUGUGGAUUGUGCCAAAAAUCCUUCCGGUGGCCGGCGGGUCUCCGACAUCACUUCCUGUCCCACACGAAGCAGCAACCCUUCUCCUGCCGCCACUGCUCCUACAGAGCCAAGCAGAGGUUCCAGGUGGUCAAACAUCUCCAGAGGCACCAUCCUGAGGAGUCAGGGGAGCUGGGUGUGCUGAGGGAUUCUGAGGGUGGUAUCCUUACCCUGAAAGAGGCCCUGCAGGGGGCGCUACCUACAGGAGACAUCCAAGGAUCUGUCAAUGAGCAGCCUGCUCCAAACAGUGGAAAAGAUGAUGUUUCUGAAGAAGUUGUGGCAAAUCAACACUCUGAGACACAGUGAAGAUGCUGGGAUCUAUGAAUAUUUAUGGACCGACUCUUGGUUCCAUUUGAGUAAUAAUUGUAAGCGCUCAGUGAAAUAUGAAGAAAGAACAUGAAGUUGUAUUUAAACAUUAGUUAACACCAUGUUUUUAUUUAAGAACUUUUAAUAUUUAGAGUUCUGAUAUUUGGCAUUUUUUAUAUUCAUUCAGUUAUGUUGCUGUUCGUAUGUUCAGGCAGUUUUAACAUGCAGCAGUCCCUCAUGUUCUUGAUCUCCAUGCAGUCUGUAAAACCUUCACCUUAAAAAUAAUCUGAGAGGGAAAAACAUGAAUAAAAUGCUGAAGCUGUGA